GACCACCUGGGUAGAGCUGACAUCCUCCAAGUGCGAACACAACAUGGACGAACCAGUGUUUACAAUGCAUGCCAGAGUGUCUAAGCCGGUGUUCUUGGGCAUGCUGUGGGCUUUUACUGCGGUCUCCUUUCUCUUCGUCCUGUUUCGCAUCGUUGUCCGAUAUGGAUCCUUCCGCCGCCUCUAUCUGGAUGACUUCUUCGUCCUCCUCGCAUGGUCUAUCAUGCUGACUACUGCCAUCAUCUGGCAGAUUCAAGGGCAAGUCCUGUAUGAGAUAUACGCAAUUUCCGCAGGCACGCAAUCCUAUACUCCCGACACUCUGCCCAAGUUCUUAAAAUUCAUGCGGUUUAUCGCCCCACUGACAAUCUUAUUUUACUCGAGCCUGUGGUGUGUUAAAUUUUCGUUUCUGGCCUUUUUCUUCCGACUCGGCUCUAAAAUCCAGAGUCACCGUAUUUGGUGGUACGUGGUCUUAGCUGUUACAGCGGCGGUUUGGAUAUCAUCGGUGGCCGACAUCGACUACAAAUGCAGUCUAGGGGGGUUGGAGGAUAUUCUUAUCCAAUGCUCCGAUCUACGUCAUGUACAAUACGAAAACCGUACUUUCUGGGCUAAUUGUGCGGGGGAUGUGAUUACCGACCUGUUGAUCCUUUCGAUCCCCGUGCUCAUGCUCUGGAACAUCCGUAUCUCAAUCGGCAAGAAGCUCAUAUUGUUGGCUGUUUUCUCCGCUACGAUUCUGAUCAUGGCUGUUGCUAUCAUCCGGGUAGUCAUCAAUAUUGAUUUGGAUCGUUCAGUGGAUAUCUCUUGGCUCUACUUCUGGAGUUUCAUUGAGAUGGGAACUGCAAUCAUCAUUUCCUGCAUUGCUUCAUUCCGUCAACUCUUCGUCACGUCGCAGAACCAGCACCUUUACGGAAAAGCCGCCUACCGCACACCCUACCAGAAGCUUCCAAACAUUGGACGUAAAGGAUACGGUCCGGGGGAGUCCGGCCCGAGGGGGGAAGGCAACACCGAGUCGCAAAGAAGUGCCGUUGGGGCGACGAUCGUUCCCUUAGAUGUCCUCUAUGUUCGGAAAGAGUUCGAGGUAGCGAAUGUUCCGGCGACCAAGAGACCGCCUCUGAAUAGAGAGUGGGAGUGA